AUGGAAAGAAUAAAUACAACAGCCAGAAAUUCUUAUUGCCAUAAAUGUAAUUUACUUUGCCAUGAGCCAAUCACAUGCAGAGCUAAAUCCGUCUGUGGCUAUCAAGUUAUCGACCUGGUUCCUCCACUUAAUAUUAAUAACCCUAUAACAGAAUUGGAAUUGGAGUAUACCGAGGCGAUAAAUAUUAUUAAAAGUCUUAUUCCAAAUCCUACACAAGUAUCAUCAAUAAAAUUAAUAGUAAAUCAGGUUCUCGAGUUAAGAUAUUAUAACAGAAAGCAGGAAAUUGAAAGAGAAAUUGGAAGGACUUGCGAAGAAGGUUACUAUUGGCAUGGCUCUAGUCACGAUAUAUAUAUGAAGAUUGCUCAAGGGGGCUUUAAGGUGCCAGGAAUUGAUCCAAUACCGCAUCGAGCAAAUGGAAUUUAUACAGCCAUAAACCAUUCAACAUCGCUUGGGUAUAGAAAAAAUACCAAUUCAUUAAUCCUUACUACACCCUCCUCCUUGAGAGAAAAAAACGAUUUUGUUCGCUCAAGGAGGAGAUUAAUUUUAUUUUUUUUAAAUUUAUAUAUAAAUUAUAAAUUUUUUUUUGGAACUUUAAUCGCAAAAAUUGGAAAGGAAAUCUUAAUUCAUUUGUAAAAUUUAUGUUUUAAAAUGCAAGCUGUUAAAAAUUGAACAGAAUUAGCUAGAGAUUUCAUUAUAUUAAUUAUCACUUAUGUAUCAAUUUUUUUUUUUCAUAAAAAAAUUUUUGUUCGCUCAUUGAGGGUGGUUUUUGGGCAAAAAAUAUGGUUUUGUUCUCUCACUGAGGGAGGGAGUUAGCAAGCUAUCAAGGGUGGAUCUGGGAAAUCUCCGACAUUAG